GCAUAAACUCCCCACAAGCUUUAAAGAAGAUUCUUUCACUCUCUGAAGAAGGAAGUUUGGACCGCCUUAAGAAGCAAGCAGAAGACACAAUUUCAAAUGCUUCUUCACAGUUAUCUUCUCCUCCCACCUCACCUCAGAGCUCUCCAAGGAAAUGUUACAUGCUGGCUCCUAGUGGCACAGUGGAUAACUUUUCAGACUCUGGUCACAGUGAAAUUUCUUCCCGAUCUAGCAUUGUCAGCAAUUCUUCUUUUGACUCCAUGCCAGUAUCCCUACAAGAUGAAAGGAGACAGAGGCACUCAGUCAGCAUUGUCGAGACUAAUCUUGGAGUGGGCAGGAUGGAAAGAAGAGCCAUGAUUGAACCAGAUCAGUAUAGUUUAGGCUCCUAUGCACCACUAUCAGAAAACAGAGGAUUCUAUGCUGCAGCAACCAUUCUUUCUUCUCCCAGUACGGAGGAACUGUCACAGGAUCAGGGAGAUCGAGCAUCACUUGAUGCAGCAGAUAGUGGCCGAGGCAGUUGGACUUCUUGCUCAAGUGGUUCCCAUGACAACAUACAGACAAUACAGCAUCAGCGAAGUUGGGAAACUCUUCCUUUUGGACAUGUUCAUUUCGAUAAUUCAGGCGAUGGGGCAGGACUGUGGGCCUCAGGCAGUCACAUGGACCCGAUGAUGUUCUCCGAUCAUGGCACAAAGUAUGGCAGGCAGAGUCAAGGUAGGGAGGGCCUUGAUCAAGCACAGUCCAGAGCAAGCUGGGCAUCCUCCACAGGCUACUGGGGAGAGGACUCUGAAGGUGAUACAGGUACCAUAAAACGGAGGGGGGGGAAAGAUGUAUCAAUUGAAGCUGAAUCCAGUAGCAUAACAUCUAUAACAGCAGAGGAUUCAAAGCCAGUUCCUAUGCCAGCUCAUAUAGCUAUGCCAACAAGUAAUACAAAGGGUCUUAUUGCUCGAAAAGAGGGUCGCUAUCGUGAACCGCCACCAACCCCACCGGGUUAUGUAGGAAUACCUAUUGACUUUGCAGAAGGAAUUUCCCAUCCAGCCCGAAAACCUCCAGAUUACAACGUAGCACUUCAGAGGUCUAGGAUGGUGGCACGGUCUAGUGAAGCCCCUGGGACUUCAGCUUCACCUUCACAGCAGCAAUCACAGGGUCAUUCCUCUAUCAGGCCUGUUAACAAACCUCAGUGGCAUAAACCAAACGAGUCAGACCCACAUCUUGCUCAUUAUCAAUCUCAAGGGUUUUCCACAGAGGAGGAUGAAGAUGAGCAAGUCUCUGCCGUCUAAGAAUUGGAGUUUUCGGGAUUACAAGUAAGCCAACUUUAAGGAGAGCACAAGAUGACAUCCCUAAUAUAGGAGCCUUGGAACAUUAAUUAAAGGAUGGUGGACCUGUGCCUCCUUCCUGCCUUAAAGCAGCAUGGGCUUCUUCUCCCCUUCUUCCCCCACUCUUCUUCCCCUUGCAUGUGAAAUACUGUGAAGAAAUUGCCCUGGCACUUUUCAAACUGUGUUGCUUGAAAUGCGCAGUGCAGCAUUCUCUCAGCUAUCACUGUCGCUGUCUACCACAUCACACAGUAUCAUUCCAAAUUCCAAGAUCAACUCAUCAUAACUCUGACUGCACUUUCCCAUGCCUGGAAGCAUUUUAAAUUCUUUUUCCUAUCUUAAUCAUGAUUCUAGCACUUCCCUUCAUUGUGAUGAUGAGAUCAACUAGUUGACAAAUACAUUUGGCCUUUAUUAAGAAAGAAAUGUGUUGAAAUCCUUCAAGUACACAGUGCUUGUUGCUUGUUUACAAUGCCUUUGUGCUACUCUAUAUAUUGUAUUUGGAGAGGGAUAAAGGGUUACACCUACAUUAACUACAGUAUUAUUUUGUACUAUUUAAGAAGGUUUGCUAGCCUGGACUACUUUUUGUAAAAAAAGCUAUGAUGUGGUUAGCUAAAAAUGGCAUGGUUUAUAGUAAGGAUUCAGCCUUUUAUUGAUCUUCAAGCUUCAUUUUUAGUGUCCCACUCAAAGCACAGUUGAUGAAUUUCAGAAUUGCUGGUUUUGUUGAUUUGCAUCUCUAAUGAUGUGGUUCUGUUGACUCUUGCAAGUAAUCAGUGAAGAAAGUUAGUGUCCUUUUCCUGUGCCUUGAGGAAUACAGGAUGGUGAGUAAAAACAUUUGUCCUCAGUUGUCAAAUGGCAAUAUCAUCUUUUGCUUAAAAUACUUAUACGUUUUUUCCCAUCCUCCUCCUUGUACUAAGUAAUGGUUUUUGUCACACAGAAAUAAUCAGGGUAAUGUAUUAAGGCAAUUCAGCACACACUGCAACCAGUGCCAAUCCUUAAUACUAAUCUCAAACCUUCUUGUUAUUGGCUUGGCAUUAGAAAAUAGUGAAACUUUUGAAGAAGAUAUGUAUUGAUCAACAAGCUUUUGCAGUGAACAAAUAUUCACAAUUGUCUUUUAUGGAACAUUGCAUAUGUAGAGGAGGCCAGUGGGUAUCAGUCACCUGCUUACAGCUGCUAUUAACCCUUUAGUGAUGGAAAUGAAACUACAUCCCCUUUCUAUUUUCUGUUGUUAUUUUUGGUUUUGCACAGACUCCGGAAAAGUGAAGGCUGCCAAUCCGAGUAGUACUCAAAUGUGAGGGACUGCUGGUCUUGGAUUUUUUUCAUUAAACUCAGCUGAUCAUAUUGAUCGGUAGAUAAAAGUAAAUAGUUUCAACUUAUAAAGAUCAAUUUACAGUGUUUUUUCACUGUAUUGAGCAAUGUCAGUGCUUUAUUUAAUUAUUCUCUUUCUCCUAUAAUCAUGGCUUUUGUCUGUUUGCUUAUAUAUCACAUUGUCAAUUAUGCAUUUGUAAUUUUACAUGUAAUAUGCAUUUGCCAGUUUCAUUAUAUAGGCUAUGGACCUCAUGUGCAUAUAGCAAGACAGAACAAACCUAGCUGUAUCACAAGUUGCACAAAUGUUAUAUAGGAAUUAAGUAAUUGUAGACCAUAGGACUGCUAAUCUCAGUUCACUCUGUGAUGUCAAGUGCAGAAUGUACAACUUACUGGUGAUUUCCUCAUACUUUUGAUACUACUUGUACCUGUAUGUCUUUUAGAAAGACAUUGGUGGAGUCUGUAUCCCUUUUGUAUUUUUAAUACAAUAAUUGUACAUAUUGGUUAUAUAUUUUUGUUGAAAAUGGUAGAAAUGUACUAUGUUUAUGCUUCUAUCCAGUUUGUAUGAAGCUGGAAUAUAAAUAAAUAUAA